GUGACAAGACUCCAGAACAUUUUUACUAUUUCUGACGUAUUUUUCGGCACCUGCAUCCGAUGAACCACCGGUUCAAGUCUAGAGGGCCGGAGAUUCAUAUUCAAAUGAAACCGCUCAUUCUGGCCUCCGACAAUGACGGUGUGCGACAAAACGAGAUUGAUUAUAUAGAGGGUUCCAGCUUUCAGCAAAGAGGAUUUUCUUCCUCGAGAUCUUGUCCAAAACUGAUCGCACCCAGCUCAUCUCAUACGGCCUCUUCCUGUGCGGGUCCUAUCUCUGGUUCAAAGAGUGAAUACUCCGCGUUGCUGAAUGAACGUGCCCACGAGUCUGCAAUUUUUGGUCAACUCUCCGGACCUCCUACAAGCACUCUCGGAAGCGAUCCAACUGAUUCAAAAGAAAAUUUGGUAUCCUCAGUGGACACCGUAAAACAGCUCAUACAUCAACGAUUGGAGAAGUCAGACGAAACUGCCUGGGCCAGUUGGGUACUUCGGUUGACUGUGCUUAAGGAGGCCAGAGCGAAAGAACUCGCCGUGGCUGCUCACAAGCGACGACCUACCGGGGCUCCUUCUUUCGGUUAAUUUUGCACCCACAUUUGCACUUUUCCUGGGCAUUCUCCCUCUUUCAGUUUGUCAGACAGAGCACGGUGUUUGAAUAUAGACUUCUCAGAGCAGCUUACCUUGUCAGUUUUCUCUCCUCGUAGAGCAGCCGACUGCAAUUUCAAUUGAUUUGUCACUUCUUCCAAGUUGGGGAUCUCCCUCGUUUGCAAUAAAUCGGAAUACCGCG